AACAAAACAAGAAUCUUUAUGGAAGAAGACGGGUCUGAUUGGGGCGGAUUGGCUCCAGAGAUACUCAUCAACAUCAUUUCAAGGCUUACGAUUCAGGAGCUAUGGACCGGUCCGAUGUUCGUCCAAAAAUCGUGGCUAACUGUUUGCAGAGAUCCGUAUCUCUGGUCUAUCUUCGAUCUGGAGCCAUGGUUCGAUUCCUAUCCCGAGUCGACUCACUUGUGGUCCCCUGAGUUCGAGCAGAAGGUAGACUUAAUGCUACGAUCAGUCGUUGAUUGGAGCGAAGGUGGUCUCACUAAGAUCCGCGUCCGCCAUUGCAGCGACCACGCUCUCUCUUACGCAGCCGAUAGAUGCCCGAAUCUACAGGUUCUUGCCAUUAGAAGCAGUCCUAACGUGACAGACGCAUCGAUGACGAAGAUAGCGUUUCGGUGCAGGAGUUUAAAGGAACUUGAUAUCAGUUACUGUCACGAGAUAUCUCACGACACUCUUGUGAUGAUUGGUAGAAACUGUCCUAAUCUGAGGAUCUUGAAACGUAAUCUUAUGGAUUGGUCUUCUCGGCACAUUGGCUCUGUUCCUACAGAAUACUUAGACGCUUGUCCUCAAGACGGAGACACAGAAGCUGACGCGAUUGGGAAACAUAUGAUCAAUCUAGAGCAUUUGGAGAUUCAGUUCUCUAGAUUAUCUGUCAAGGGUCUUGCUUCGAUAUGUGAGGGUUGUCCCAAGCUAGAGUACUUGGACUUGUUUGGGUGUGUGCAUUUGUCAAGCCGUGACAUUACAAGCAACGUGUCAAGGCUUAAAUGGCUUAAGGAGGUAAAGAAGCCAGAUGUGUAUGUGCCAAGGUCAGGGGAUGUGGCGCAGACGGAGAGGUAUGGACAUUGGAGACUCUAUGACGAGAGAUUUGACAUACAAGCCAUGAGAAUCUGAUUUCUACACACACACUGCCAUGUUUUAUAAUAAAGCUGCCCAUAGUUCUGACUUGGGUCGGUUGUUUGUUAUAUGUCGUGUUGUUAAAAUGGACCUUAGGCCCACGGGUCUAAACGGGCUAUUUGUAAUGUUUGAACGGGUACCCAUUUAAACCCGAUUACUAACGGGUCUAAACAAAUAUUAACCGAGUGGCCCAUUUAUUUUUAAGUUUUUGGAAUUUUC